CUCGGCAGAACUCACAUUAUCAGUCAUGAAGAMCAUUCUUGUGUUACUAAUGCCCAUUUUGUUUGGGAACAUGGCAGUGGAGGCACUGCGGUGUUAUGCCUGUGAUGGCAUAAACAACAAUGCUCAGUGUAACCAGAACAUAGAAAACUGCUUUCUCUCAAGUGACACCUGCAUGACCGGCGUCGCCCAAAUCUUGGGGAUCAAGUACAUUUCUAAGACCUGCACCACCCGCUUGGCAUGUACAACAGCACUCUCCACCAACCUAGGAAUCAUAGGGGCGAUCCAGGUCAGCUGCUGUCAGACUGACCUCUGUAACAGCAACGGUUCAUCAGUCUCUGGAAUCAACUUCCUGUUGCUCAGCUUGYCUUUUCUCAUAUCUGGCCUGGUUCUGUCUCUGUGAAACUCUGUGAAGUUUUUGAAAUGAAUGAAUGAACAACUGAAAUCAAUAUGUGGGUUCAUCUUUGCUGUUUUUUUGUUGUUGUUGUUGUUGCUCAUCCUCAGGAUCUAUGUCGGGAUAGGAAAGAAAUAAAACUUUCUCCUAUCUGUGCUGGUUCUGUGUCUCUGAAUCAAGUUUUYGAAAUUAAUGAAUAUGAACAACUGAAAUAAAUAUGAGUGUUAAUCUC